AAUAAUCCAGGUUUGCAAAUGUUGUCUAAUCUCUUACGUUUUGAAUUAUGCUUCAGAUGGGAAACUCUUGUCUAGUGAUGUGACUCAUUACGUGAUCCCAGAUUGGAAAAUUGUUCAAGAUUACCUGGAGAUCCUUGAGUUUCCUGAAUUAAAGGGAAUUAUUUUCAUGCAAACGGCUUGUCAAGCUGUGCAGCAUCAAAGAGGCCGGAGACAGUAUAACAAAUUGCGAAACCUCCUGAAGGAUGCGCGUCAUGAUUGCAUUCUCUUUGCUAAUGAAUUCCAGCAGUACUGCUAUCUCCCUCGGGAAAGGGGAGAAUCCCUGGAAAAGUGGCAGACCAGGAGCAUCUACAAUGCAGCCGUUUGGUACUAUCACCACUGCCAGGAUAGGAUGCCAAUCGUUAUGGUGACAGAAGAUGAAGAGGCAAUUCAGCAGUAUGGAAGCGAAACAGAAGGAGUAUUUGUGAUUUCUUUCAAGAAUUAUCUGGACAAUUUUUGGCCUGACUUAAAGGCAGCCCACGAGCUUUAUGAUUCUAUCCUUCAGUCUCGACGGGAAAGAGAAAAUGAGAGUCAGGAGAGCCAUGGGAAGGAGUACCCAGAACAUCUUCCCCUGGAAGUGUUAGAAGCCGGCAUUAAAUCUGGACGCUACAUCCAGGGAGUUCUGAACGUCAACAAACAUAGAGCACAAAUAGAAGCUUUCGUUCGACUUCAAGGAGCCAGCAGCAAAGAUUCAGGUUUAGUCAGUGACAUCCUGAUCCAUGGGAUGAAGGCUCGAAACCGCUCGAUUCAUGGAGACAUGGUAGUUGUGGAACUGCUCCCUAAAAAUGAAUGGAAAGGAAGAACCGCCGCCUUGUGUGAGAAUGACAGUGAUGACAAGGCCUCAGGAGAGUCCCCAAGUGAGCCCAUGCCCACAGGCAGAGUGGUGGGCAUCCUUCAGAAGAACUGGCGGGAUUAUGUGGUGACAUUUCCAUCCAAAGAAGAGGUCCAAUCUCAGGGCAAAAAUGCUCAGAAAAUCCUAGUUACGCCUUGGGAUUACAGAAUUCCCAAAAUCCGAAUUAGCACUCAGCAAGCAGAAGCCCUCCAGGACUUCAGGGUGGUUGUGCGCAUCGAUUCCUGGGAGUCUACAUCCGUGUAUCCAAAUGGACAUUUUGUGCGUGUUCUAGGAAGAAUCGGAGAUCUGGAAGGAGAAAUUGCAACCAUCCUGGUGGAAAACAGUAUUUCAGUUGUCCCUUUCUCAGAAGCCCAGAUGUGUGAGAUGCCAGUAAACACACCCGAAAAUCCCUGGAAGGUGAAUCCUGAAGAGGAACGAGAGCGUAGAGACUUGAGGAAAACCCAUCUUGUAUUCAGCAUUGACCCCAAGGGUUGUGAAGAUGUGGAUGACACACUCUCAGUCAGAACCUUAAAUAAUGGCAACCUGGAACUUGGGGUCCACAUCGCAGAUGUAACACACUUUGUGGCACCAAAUUCUUACAUUGAUAUUGAAGCUAGAACAAGGGCCACCACUUACUAUUUAGCAGACCGUCGCUAUGACAUGCUGCCCUCCAUCCUCAGCGCUGAUCUGUGCUCCCUCCUGGGAGGCGUUGACAGGUAUGCUGUAAGCGUCAUGUGGGAAUUGGAUAAAACCUCCUAUGAAAUUAAGAAAGUGUGGUAUGGCAGAACCAUUAUUCGAUCAGCAUACAAACUGUUUUAUGAAGCAGCCCAGGAACUACUGAAUGGAAACGUCAACAUUGUUGAUGAUAUUCCAGAACUCAGAGACUUGGACGAGAAGAGCAGACAAGCCAAGCUCGAGGAGUUGGUGUGGGCAAUUGGCAAGUUGACUGAUAUAGCACGCCAUGUCCGAGCUAAACGAGAUGGUUGUGGUGCCCUGGAACUGGAAGGGGUAGAGGUUCGCGUACAGCUAGACGACAAAAAGAACAUUCAUGACCUCAUCCCCAAGCAGCCCCUGGAAGUCCAUGAGACGGUGGCUGAAUGCAUGAUCCUGGCCAACCACUGGGUAGCCAAGGAGAUCUGGGAGAGCUUCCCUCAUCAAGCCCUGUUGCGCCAGCACCCUCCUCCACACCAGGAGUUUUUUUCUGAACUCAGAGAAUGUGCUAAAGCAAAAGGCUUCAUCAUAGAUACACGGUCCAAUAAAACACUGGCUGAUUCUCUGGAUAACGCGAAUGACCCCAACGAUCCCAUUGUAAACAGGUUGCUGCGAUAUAUGGCUAUGCAGGCCAUGUCUAAUGCACUAUAUUUCUCCACUGGAUCGUGUGCAGAGGAAGAGUUCCAUCAUUAUGGUCUUGCAUUAGAUAAAUAUACUCACUUUACUUCUCCAAUAAGAAGAUAUUCAGAUAUUAUAGUACACCGAUUGUUAAUGGCAGCCAUUUCAAAAGAUAAGAAAAUGGAAAUUAAGGAGAAUUUGUUCAGCAACAAAGAUCUUGAGGAAUUAUGCAGACAUAUCAACAACAGAAACCGAGCAGCACAGCAUGCUCAGAAGCAGUCUACUGAGCUGUUCCAAUGCAUGUAUUUUAAAGACAAAGACCCAGAAACUGAGGAGCGUUGCAUAUCUGAUGGGGUCAUUUAUUCAAUUAGAACAAAUGGUGUGCUUGUAUUUAUACCAAGGUUUGGCAUUAAAGGUGCUGCUUAUCUAAAAAAUAAAGAUGGUUUGGUGAUCUCAUGUGGCCCAGAUAGCCGUUCUGAAUGGAAAUCAGGAUCCCUUCAAAGAUUUCAAAACAAAAUCACCUCUACCACAACAGAAGGGGACUCUGUUACGUUCCAUUUGUUUGACCAUGUAACAGUGAGAAUAUCUGUACAGGCCUCACGUUGCCAUUCUGAUACAAUCAGCCUUGAAAUAAUAAGCAACAAACCAUACAUGAUACCAGAUACAGAACUUGUUCAUCAGAGUUCCCUCUUGCUAAAGAGUGAUUUAGUGAAAGAAGUAACUAGAUCUGUGGAGGAAGCUCAGCUCGCCCAAGAAGUCAAAGUAAACAUCAUUCAGGAAGAUUAUCAAAAAUACUGCCAAACAAAGGGAAGAAGCCUGUACAUACUCCUAGAGGAGAUAAGGGACCUGGCUCUCUUGGAUGUUUCAAACAGUUAUGAAAUAUGAAAUACUCUUCUUCAUUAAAAGAGCUUUGUCUUAUGUGAA